AUGAGAGCUAAAGAAGCAAAUGAUGUUAUAACAAAACAAUUACAGAAAGAAGCUAUAGUCAGAACAUCUAGAUUGGAGUUAUUUUGGUUAUCAACAGUAAGCAUUGAUAAUAAUACAAGUAUAAAUAAUUCAGAUAGUGAUUCUGAAAGUAGCUUUGAAGUUGAGACUGAUAAUAUUAUAUCUUUUGAAAAGUUGAACAAUACUAUUAAACAUUUAAAAAAAGAAAUCAAAA